AUGAAGCAAAAGACCAAGCUCAAGAUGCCCACCAGCGACGUGCCCGAAUACACUGUUGUCGGCACCAACGCCGAAGGUCAGGAAGAUCCCGUCAAGCAGGGCGUUACCUUCACCUACGGUCCCUACGGCGAGGUUCCUGCUGGCGCCAACCAGCCCGUCUCGCUGAGAUACGAGUUCACCAAGCCUCUGCUGCACGCUACCCUUGUCGAGCGCGACAUCGAGGUCAGCCACUGGGGAGGCAACAUCGCUACCGAGGAGCGCUACUGGCUCGAGAACAGAGGUGCCACCCUCAAGAACCAGUUCUCGCGUGUCCAAUGGCAACAGACUCAAUACUUCAACNCCNCUACAUCGGCCCUGAAGGAGCUCGAGUACCCUCUUAUCAUCGGAAGCGCAAAUCCCUACUUUAUUGACGAUAUCGGCAACGUCAGCACUUCUCGCUUCCGUCCCAGAAACACCCCCAAGGAGGCUCUUCUCCAGCUCAAGCCCCGUUACCCCUUGUUCGGUGGCUGGAAAUACAGCUUCAAGGUCGGUUGGGACAACGACCUCAAGAGCUUCUUGCGCAAGCUCAAGACUGGUGACGGCUACGUUCUCAAGGUUCCUUUCCUCGAGGGCCCCAAGCAGCCCGAGGGUCUGGAGAUUGAGAAGUUGACUGUCAGAAUUGUCCUCCCUGAGGGCGCAACGUGA